UGAUCUGGAUGUGUGUGUGUUCUCAGAGCAAGGCCUGGAGGAGAUGAGGAAGAUCCUGCUGCUGCUGCUGGGCUGUGCUGUACAGUGCAACAGGAAGGAGGACUACAUCGACCGGAUCCAGACGCUGGACUUUGACACGCGGGCAGCCAUCGCCGCUCACAUUCAGGAGGUGACCCAUAACCAGGAGAACGUGUUUGACCUUCAGUGUGUGGAGGAGAGCGAGUCCGUCCCGCACGAUAAAGAUGCCGUCUUCAGACAGCUGACCUUUAACCUCAAGCGCCUCGUAGACGAGAGAGACCAACACGCUGAGAUGAUGGUGUCUCUGACUCUGGAGAGGGACAGUGGGCUCAGCUCUCUGCACUCCGCUCCGUCGCCCGGUGAGUCGAGCAUGAGACGCACGGAGAGCGUGCAGCAUCUGUCGGUGGAGCUGGCCGAUGCUAAAGCCAGGAUCAGACGCCUGCGGCAGGAGCUAGAGGAGAAGACAGAGCAUCUGCUGGACUGCAGACAGGAGCUGGAGCACGUGGAGACAGAGGUCAAGAGACUGCAGCAGGAAAACCAGCAGCUGCUGUGUGACGCGCGCUCGCUGCGGGCGUACCGUGACGAGCUGGACGCUCUCAGAGAGAAGGCCAUCAGGGUGGACAAGCUGGAAAGUGAAGUGACACGCUACAAAGAGAAGCUCCACGACAUCGAGUUCUACAGGACCAGAGUGGAGGAACUGAAGGAGGACAAUCAGGUUCUGCUGGAGACCAAGAGCAUGCUGGAGGACCAGCUGGAGUCUUUCAGAGCUCGGUCUGAUAAACACCAUGAGCUGGAGAAGGAAAACCUGCAGCUCCAAAACAAGAUCCAUGACCUGGAGAUGGAGCGAGACAUGGACCGGAAGCGCUUGGAGGAGCUGCUGGAGGAGAACCUGAUGCUAGAGAUGGCCCAGAAACAGAGCAUGGACGAGUCUCUGCAUCUGGGCUGGGAACUGGAGCAGCUCUCCAAGACCACUCCCGAGCUCACUGAAGUGCCGCAAAAGUCUCUGGGUCACGAGGUGAACGAGCUGGUGUCCAGUCAGCUGCUGAAGCUGGAGAAGGAGAAUCAGAUGCUGCUGAAGAGCGUGGAGGAGCUGAAGGCCUCCGGUGAGAGCGGCGCGCGCCUCCGUCUGGAGAAACACAACCAGAAACUCAGCCAGCAGCUGGAGCAGCUGCAGGCGGAGCUGGCUGCAGACAGAGAGAGUCUGCGCAGUGCUGAGAGUCUGAGCGCAGACCUGCUGAAGGAGAUGGCACAGCUGGAGAAAACCCUGGAGACGCUCCAGCAGAACUCCGACAGACAGGUCAAGGGUCUGGAACAGGAGAACGAUCAUCUGAACCAGACCAUCGCCUCUCUCAGACAGCGCUCUCAGGUCAGCGCUGAGGCCCGCGUCAAAGACAUCGAAAAAGAAAACCGCGUGCUGCACAAGUCCAUCAAAGAGACCAGCAGCAAGAUCAACAAGAUGGAGUUUGAGCGCAAACAGCUUCGCAAAGACCUGGAGCACUACAAAGAGAAAGGAGAAAGAGCCGAGGAGCUGGAGAUGGAGGUCCAUCGACUGGAGCGAGAGAAGGAGAGUCUGCAGAAGCGUCUCGCUGCUCUCGCCAUCACCUGCGGGAAGGUGGAGGUGCUGGAGAAGGAGAAUGCCGAGCUGGAAGCGGAGAGCAGGAAGCUGAAGAAAGCAGCGGACGGUCUGAGGAACGUUUCCUAUCAGCUGGAGGUCCUGGAGAAGGAGAACGCUCAGCUGGACGAAGAAAACCUGGAGCUCCGGUGCAUGGUGGAGUCUUUACGGUCCUGCGGAGCCAAGGCUGCCCAGCUGGAGCUGGAGAACAAAGAGCUGGAGAACGAGAGAACCCAACUCAAAAAGAGUCUCGAGCUGCUGAAGGCUUCGUCCAAAAAAAACGAGCGUCUGGAAGUCAGUUACCAAAGCCUCGACGCGGAGAACCAGCGGCUCCAGAAAGCCCUGGAGACUGGCAGCCGCAAGAUUCAGCAGCUGGAGGGAGAGCUGCAGGACACGGAGGUGGAGAACCAGAGCCUGCAGCAGAGUCUGGAGGAGCUGAAGAUCUCCAGCAAAGGCCUGGAGCAGCUGGCGCAGGAGAACACGGCCCUGGAGCAGGAGAACAGUCAGCUGGAGAAGGACAAGAAGCAGCUGGAGAAGGAGAACAAACGGCUGCGACAGCAGGCUGAAAUCAAAGACUCCAGACUCGAUGAAGACAACCUGCGCAUCUCUCAUCUCGAGAAGGAGAACCGCACGCUGGGCAAGGAGGUCGCCGCUCUCAAAGAUAUGUGUGGUCGCGUGAAAGACUUGGAGAAGGACAAUAAGGAACUGGUCAAACAAGCAACCAUAGACAAGAAGACCCUGGUCACUCUGAGAGAGGAGCUUGUCAAUGAAAAAUUAAAGACCCAGCAGAUUAACAAUGACCUGGAGAAGCUGACCCAUGAGCUUGAGAAGAUCGGCCUCAAUAAAGAGGGGCUUCUGGGUGAUGAAGAGAGCUCUGAUGACAGGUUUAAGCUUCUAGAGUGUAAACUGGAGUCCACUCUGAAGUCCUCUCUGGAGAUCAAAGCGGAGAAGAUCGCUGCUCUAGAAGCCCGACUGCAGGAGUCCUCCAACCUCAACCAGCAGCUACGACAGGAGCUCAAAACGGUGAAGAAGAACUACGAGGCCCUGCGCCAGCGUCAGGAGGAGGAGUGUUCGGCUCAGAGCUCGCCUGCUCGAGGACGGGAGGACACACAGAGCAAGUGGGAGAAGCAGAGUCAGGAGGCCACGCGAGAGCUUCUGAAGGUCAAAGACCGACUCAUAGAGGUGGAGAGAAACAACGCCACUCUCCACGCAGAGAAGCAGGCUCUCUGGACGCAGCUGAAGCAGCUGGAGUCUCAGAGCGGGAAUCUCCAGGCGCAGAUAUUAGCUCUUCAGAGACAGGCUGCGUCUCUACAGGAGAACAACACCACGCUACAAACACAGAACGCCAAACUACAGGUGGAGAACUCGACGCUGAACUCUCGGAGCGCCGCUCUCAUGUCCCAGAAUGCUCAGCUGCAGACGCAGCAGUCCGGCACAGAGAGCGAGAGGGACGUGGCCAUACGAGAGAAGGAGGAACUGCGCACGGUGUACGAUCUACUGCUGCAUGACCACGAGAAGCUGUCUGCGCUGCACGAGAGACAGGCGUCGGAGUACGAGGAUCUGAUCGGCAAACACGGAGAGCUGAAGAGCGGUCACAAGAGCCUGGAGCUGCAGCACCGCAGCCUGGAGAACAGGUACAAUCAGCUGCUGAAGCAGAAGACCGAACUGGAGCAGCUGGAGAGAGAUCUCACAGCAGAGCGAGAGAAGAUGAUCUCUGACAGCAAGAGUCAUCAGGACACAGCUGCACAGUACCAGAGGCUCAGCGAGGAGCACCACACGCUGAGCUCCACACACCAGCAGCUCCUGAAGGACAAUGAGCUUCUGCAGACAGAUCAUAAGACUCUUAAGAGUCAGCUGAACACGGCCCGGCUGGAGCAGACGCGUCUGGAGGCCGAGUUCUCCAAACUCAAGGAACAGUACCAGCAGCUGGACAUAACCUCCACCAAACUCACCAACCAGUGCGAGUUGUUAAGUCAGCUGAAGGGGAAUCUGGAGGAAGAGAACCGGCAUUUGCUGGAUCAGAUCCAGACCCUCAUGCUGCAGAACCGGACCCUGCUGGAGCAGACCAUGGAGAGCAAAGACCUGUUCCACGUCGAGCAGAGACAAUACAUUGACAAGCUCAAUGAACUGAGGAGACAGAAAGAGAAACUCGAGGAGAAGAUUAUGGAUCAGUAUAAAUUUUAUGACCCAUCACCUCCACGAAGGAGGGGCAACUGGAUCACACUGAAGAUGAGGAAGCUCAUCAAGCCAAAGAGUCGUGAGCGCAUGCGCUCUCUCACACAGACUCCUCCCCGCUCCGAGUCCAGCGAAGGCUUCCUGACGCUGCUGCAGCCGGACAGUCAGGACAGCUCGUCCGUCGGCUCCGGAUCCAACUCACUGGAGGACAGUCUCACCCACCGCAGCAGCACGCUGAAAAAGCUUCCGUUCAUGAGGAACAGAUCCAAGGAGAAAGACAGAGUGAAGGCCGUCUACCGCCGCUCUAUGUCCAUGAACGACCUGCUGCAGACGAUGGCUCUGUCUGAGGGUCAGUGGUCCAGCAGCACGGAUCAUCUCGAAGCUCCUGACGAGGCCAUCGGCGCUCAGCACGGGAAGGAGUUUGGAUCCAUGGACUACACCAGCCUGACUCUGACCCUGACCCGCGGCCGCAGAGCUCGCCACCGCUCCGAUACAGGCAAUGCCGUGUCCAGUGAUGACAUCACUCAGUUGUCGUCGGAGGAGUGCAGUGUGCUGCGAGCUCAGGGUGUGAUGAACGGCAGCGGGAGCAGCGGUGACGUCACUGUGCGUCUGGACAGCGCUCUGGAGGACAGAUCUGCAGGACGCGAGGUGGUUUCCCUGCAGCAGUUCCUGGAGGAGAGCACAGAGCCAGCAGAGGACGUUCUGUCAGCACAGUCGUCUGGUGUGUCCGGAGCCGCGCCGCAGGCGUCCAGAGAGCGAGUGAAGAGCCGUGGUAUCUUACGCUCGGCCAGCGGUGCACGAGCCGGUCCACCGGGACGUCCCAGCCUGCGCCGGGCCGAGAGCAGCCGUGCCAAGGGCUCCGCGUCGUCUCUGUGUGUGCCGGAGCGUCUGGACUCGUCCUCAGGCCUGCCCCGCGCCAGCAGCGUCAUCUCCACCGCCGAGGGCUCCGUGCGCCGCAGCAGCAUCCACGAGCUGCUCUCCAAGGACAGCCGGCAGCCCGUGCUGGUGGACCCCGCGCCCUCCAGUGAGUACGGCCCCGCUCCCCAGGCCCUACACAAGUCCACUAGCAUGCCCUGCCGCGUACAGGAGCCCGAGCUGUCCAGCCUGCCCAGCCAUUUAAAUUAA